CGAGCAUACCAUAGGCUUAAUGGGGACAUAAUCGGGACACUUGAACGAGGAUCAUGGUCAGAAAAUACAUCUUAUUCGCUGUUUUUUUGCUGUUUGACGUCUCUGGAGGUGACAGCGAAGACAAUUUCAAUGGGUUUGCAUUAAAACUCCCCAAGUACUCCAUUGUAAAUCCUCAGGCGAUUCACAGAUGGACAAGGAGCAUCAACAAUCAGUCAAAACAGAAAUCUGAAGAGGACAUGAUAACUUAUGCGCUCAACAUAGACAACAGAAAGCACUUCCUUCAUCUACAAAAGAACAAGGACUUUUUACACCCAAACUUUGUUCAGUAUUCACAUGACGCCACUGGUAACCACAAAUCGACAUAUCCAAAACAGCAUGUGCAUUGCUAUUACCAUGGAGAGGUGGAGGGAUAUGAGAAUUCAGUGGUAGUGCUCAGCACAUGCUCUGGCCUCAGGGGUGUGAUCCUUCUUGAAAAUGAAACUUAUGGACUUGAGCCUGUGCCACGGUCUACAACCAACGAGCACCUUCUGUACCUCCUGAAGGACCUUCAGUCCGACCACGUCACCUGUGGGGUCGUCGGUGAGGCUGCUUCAACGCAAAAACAUGAACCCUUUGAGCCUAGACAAUCGCUGACUUCUCUGCUCCGGAGAAAGCGGAACUUACCUCAAACCAGUUAUGUGGAGUUGGUGCUGGUUGUAGAUAAUCUCAGGUAUAAUUUUAAGAAACAAAAUGAGACAGCGGUACGAGAUGAAAUGGUGGAGAUGGCUAAUCUACUGGAUGGGUAUUACAAGCAGCUGAAUAUCCGCAUUGUGCUGGUGGGCCUGGAGAUUUUUAAGGAUGUUAAUCCCUUUAGCGUGGACGGCUCUGCAGGAGAUGUGUUGGGGAGGUUUGUUAAGUGGAGGAAGGCUUCUUUGUUACCAAGGAUCAGGCAUGACAUUGGUCAGCUCAUUGUCGGUCGGCCUAAUCCAUACGACGGAGGUGUAUUAGGCAUGGCAUUUGUGGGCACGGUCUGCUCUGUAGCAACCUCUGGAGGAAUCAACGUGUUAAGUGACGAUAGCCUGGCUUAUGUCUCCACUGUGGUGGCCCAUGAGAUGGGCCAUAACAUGGGCAUGCAUCAUGACGAUACACGCUGCAAAUGUGAUGGAGGAAGCUGCAUCAUGGCAGCCACGGCUGGUGGCUCUACCACUUUCAGCAAGUGCAGUGGAGAAGACUUUGAGGCCCUGAUCAUCCGUGGAGGAGGUGUAUGUCUGAAAAACCAGCCUUCUCCGUCAGAUGUGAUUGGUACUGCUCAGUGUGGCAAUGGCCGGAUGGACGAAGGAGAGCAGUGCGACUGUGGCACACCAGAGGAAUGUAACAAUAAAUGCUGUGACGCUGCCACCUGCACAUUUACAUCAGGGUCCGCCUGUGCACAGGGGGACUGUUGCGACAACUGUCAGAUCAGAGUUGCUGGAACGCCAUGCCGAAAUUCUGUCAACAUCUGUGAUCUUCCUGAAUACUGUAAUGGUAAAACCGCUUCCUGUCCCGAAGACUUCUAUAUCAUGGACGGCCUACCCUGUCAGGACGCAUACUGCUAUGAGGGCAGAUGCCAGACAUAUGAUUUCCAGUGUAAACAGCUCUUUGCACCAGAUCCAGCAACAAAGGCAGACAACAUAUGUUUCGAGUAUGCAAAUACUAGGGGAAACUUAUUUGGAAACUGUGGUAUCACCAGCAGUGGAGGCCAUAUCAAAUGUAGUGUAGCAGACUCCAUGUGUGGAAAGGUGCAGUGUACUAACGUGGACCUCAGCACCAUCCCUUCUGGUGCUCAUGUCAGUAUUCAAAUGGUUCAAGGAUCGACCUGUAUUAAUGCAGACUUCAACCUUGGCACAGAUGUGCUAGAUCCUGCCUACGUUAACCCCGGCAGCCCUUGUGAUAAAGGAAAGACCUGCCUGGACUUUAAAUGUGUGAAUGCCUCUGCUCUGCUGCCUGACUUGGACUGCGAUGCCCAGACAACCUGCAAUAACCGUGGAGCAUGUAAUGACCAAGGGCACUGCCACUGUGACAACGGUUGGGCCCCACCUAACUGUGACAAGUCAGGGCGAGGUGGCAGCAUAGACAGUGGCCCUGCUCAGAUAGACUACUCCCUCAGGAACGGCCUGUUGAUCUUCUUCCUCCUGGUGGUUCCUCUUCUGGUCCUUCUCAUUCUGGCACUGCUCUACAUCUUCAGGAGAGAUACCCUGGACUCAUGUCUAAAGCGCAGCCGUCUCAAGUCACGUCAUACUCAAAAUGUAAAUAACCAGUCAAACAACAAUGUUCAGACGAGCGUGACAACCCUGCCUCCAGCACAGCCUCCCCCUGAGAGGCCUGCAUAUCCGCCUGCUACCUCAGUUCCAAUUUCUGGUUUUAGGUAUGGAGAACUGGAUUAUUGGAAUACAGAACCGAUCACUGCCCCUGCACAACCACUAGCUCCCAGGCAGGGCCCCGGAGUGCCCAAACCAAUCGCGCCCAAGCAGCCACCAAAUUGAUCCUCUUCUACUAAAUAUUUUCAACUGUAUUGUGAAUGGGGUUUACUGCAGUACAACACUGUGUAAAGAGAGUAUUUCAAAACACUGUGAUAAUAGUACACUCACUGUCACUUGUUGCCAGCAACUUUUUAAGGUCAACUGUAAUAACGUGGUGAUGGACGAGGCUGGUAGAUGUGUAAAUAUUUAUUGCAAUAUGUGUUUUAUUAGACUCAUUGGUAAUAUAUUUUUUAAAAAUACCAAAUCUUUUGUAUUUUAUGCUAUUAUGUAUAACUACUGGGAAUAUUUUGUGAAUUUUGAUUUCUUGAAUUGUAAUAAAAACAUGCAUUAGACAUUUGAUUUCAGGGUUUUUUUUUUUUUUUUUUUAAUUGUGAGAGCGAGUUUAUUGGAACGCUCCUGUACUAUCAGUGUUCGCUGUAAUUUGUGUCACUCUUGUAAUGUCAGAAAUGCAAGGAAAUGUUUUUGCUUUGUCACUGUUGUUCAACAAUCAAGAAUCAUGGAAGUUUUCACAGUUUAGACACGUCUGUGUGUGUCUCUGCUCUCCCUAAAUAAAUAAUAAAUUACAUAAUACAUUAAUUACUUCAUUAAUGAAUUAUGGCGGUUAACCAUUCAUGAGGUCACAAACCUCCUAGAUGUAACAGUCUCUAAACUGAUGUUUUCAUGACCUUAUGUGUCUUAUAAAUAUAUACUAUUUCUUUAACCAUCAGUCUAGUACAUCACUAUGGGGCAUGAGCAACAAAUUGCCUCUUUUAAACAACAAUAAAAACAUUUUCCCAAA